GACAACAACGUGAGUGAGAUGUUCAACGUGAGCGUGGCGGCGGUCACGCUACAGGAGAGCUACUUCUUCAUCUCGCAGCUCUUCCAGAAGUACGGCCGGCCCAACUCGCUGGAGCAGGCCUCUCUGGCAGCUCUCAUGGACCACCUGGGCAUCGGCAGUGGGGCCGGCCACAGUCACGACGCAGGGACCACCUCGGACCACAAACACGAUCCCAGCGCAGAUCACCAGCACGAUCAUGGCUCGGACCACCAGCACGAUCCCAGCGCGGACCACCAACACGAUCCCAGCGCAGACCACCAACACGAUCAUGGAUCAGACCACCAACACGAUCAUGGCCAAGGUGAUGAUUCUGCGACAUCAGAGGACAAGGAGAGGUUCCCGCGGUCUGUGCCAACACAUCAUGUACACAAUACACACCAGGAGUGCCUGAGCCUCAGUGACAUGCUCCACGCCUUCCACCUGGCCCCCAAGUCUGGCUUGACCACUGUCCAGUUUGCCUACCUGUGCCCGGCACUCAUCUACCAGCUGGACAGCGACGUCUGCCAGCACCACCGCCACCACACAGGCGACCCCCACGACCACGGCACAGACGACCACCACGCGGAGGGGGAGGCGGCCGUGUCUCCGACCUUUGACCUCGCUGCCAUCCCAGCCAAAGUGUGGGGUUUCAGCUGUGUUGCGGUGCUCAUCAUCAGCCUGGUGGGUCUGCUGGGCGUGGCCGUCAUCCCCAUCAUGCAGAAAGUUUUCUACAACCACAUGCUGCAGUUCCUGGUGGCCCUAGCUGUGGGGGCGCUGGCCGGCGACGCUCUGCUGCAUCUACUGCCUCAUUCCAUCAUGGCGUCGUCGGGUCACUCCCACUCUCAUGGGGACAAGGGUGGAGGGGACGACCACUCGACCGCCGCCUGGAAGGGACUGUCGGCCCUCGGGGGAAUCCUCUUCUUCUUCAUCACCGAGAGGCUGCUCACCAUCUACACCAUCAUCAAGAGGAACAGGAAGUCCAAUAUGUAGACGAGUCCUCGUUCCAGGCCCUGAAGAGUUACGCGGACGCAGCCCACGAGGAGUUCCUGCACCAGUGUGACGACACAGACGACGCGACGAGCCCCAUGACUGACGUCAGUGUCACCGAUGCCCUGCGAGCCCGCGCGGGGGACCACGGCGCCGACACAGAGCUCAUGGAGCUGUCCCUGGCCGCAGGGGAGAACGGACACUCGCACACGCACGGUCACCACAGCCCGGCGCUGGGCCACGGGGGGCACUCACACGGAGGUCACGGGGGGCACGGAGGUCACGGCCACUCCCACUCGGUGCCCAACUCUGUAGCAGCUGUGGCCUGGAUGGUUAUACUGGGUGACGGGAUCCACAACUUCAGCGACGGGCUGGCCAUCGGAGCGGCCUUUGCCAGCAGCAUCACGGGAGGAUUCAGUACCUCUGUCGCUGUGUUCUGUCAUGAGCUGCCACACGAGAUAGGUGACUUUGCCGUCUUGCUGCGGGCUGGGAUGUCGGCCAAACAGGCAAUCCUCUACAACUGCCUGUCCUCCCUGCUCUGCUUCCUGGGAAUGUUGAUUGGCGUUGCCAUCGGCAACAUAUCCUCCGCCUCCUUGUGGAUCUUUGCGGUGGUUGGUGGGAUGUUUCUCUACAUCGCCCUGGUGGACAUGCUGCCGGAGAUGAGCUCGAUGGACACGCAGAAGGGAGAGAACCCGUUUCUUCACCUGCUGUUCCAGGUGCUGGGCAUUGUGCUGGGCUCGGGGAUCAUGCUGCUCAUUGCUCUCUACGAGCACGACAUCAAGACCGCCCUGGACUGAGUCUGGUGGGACGCACACCGCCGCGCCCCGUACCCUCUUCCCUCAUACCCCCUCCCCCCAGACAGUGCACAGCUCUCCACCAGCGCUACGUCAACAUGACGUCAAUCAAAAUGUCAACAUGACGUCAAAGCUGCUCUCUACGCCUGUCGCUGUGAUGUCAUUGCUUUUUGUUGUGUGAUGUCAUUGCUUGGUGCAUGUUUGACCAACAUUGUUCCCUAUUUCCCUGACAUUGGUCUGAGCGACGUUGUUGAUUAUUUAUGUCAUUGCUGGGUUAUUUCCCUACAUUGGUCUGAGCGACGUUGUUGAUUAUUUAUGUCAUUGCUGGGUUAUUUCCCUGACAUGGUCUGAGCGACGUUGGUGCUUAUGUGACUGUAGCUACUGCCUGAUGGACUUACAUUGUUCAUGAACUUCGCAUGAAGUCUGGAAAAUAAGGACAGCUGAUUUGAAGGGGGGUGGGAUUCCUUUUUAUAACUCUGGUCUGAAAUAUUUUGUACUGUAUGGUUAGGAAACUGUGUGGAAGUUGUCCAUGAUGACUGAUCCUUGUUGGGGAGAAAUGUGUCGCGUGCUGGGAUCAGGGGUUGGUCAUAGCAGGGCCGUGUGGGGUUGUUGGUGUCAGCGUAAAACUUGUUCUUUGGUCUUGCUUUCUGGGAGAAAACACCGACCUAUUUAGAACAGAAGUGGAGAUUUUGAUGGAGAAA